ACGCGGAGACGUCACAUGGAGAGAUGCAACCAGCAGUAGCUGCUCCACCACUAAUCACACAACAUUAACAUAACUAGCUAGUGCAAGCUAACACAGCCUGCUACAUAACUCGCCUCUGAUUUAUCAUACAUCCGGAAUUGCAAAACUGCAAGAAACAAACGCAAGAUUCAUAGACGGUGCAAAACGGGAAGCAACAGUACGGUCACACACAUUUACCGUGGCCUCUUCUCGCAUCCAACUGGCAGGCUAUUUCGGCUAGCUAGCGAAGCCAACGAUAGCAAGCUCUGCCUUGGCUAGCGUCAGGCUAGCCAGCUAGCUAGCUAGCUACUAACGUCGCUAACGGUAGUUAGCUAGCUAGCGAGCUGUAGUAACUUGCGUCAUGGAUGAACUAGUCGUGGAAGUGAGGGGAACAAGUGGGGCCUUUUAUAAGGCCUUUGUGAAGGAUGUUCAUGAAGGAUCAGUCACUGUGGCAUUUGAAAACAACUGGCAGCCAGAGCGUCAAAUCCCAUUCCAGGACGUGCGUUUUCCUCCACCAACAGGGUUCUGCAAGGAGAUAAAUGAGAGUGAUGAGGUCGAGGUAUAUUCCAGGGCUAAUGACAAGGAGCCAUGUGGAUGGUGGCUGGCCAAGGUUCGCAUGGUCAAAGGAGAGUUUUACGUAAUAGAGUAUGCCGCAUGUGACGCUACAUUAAAUGAGAUAGUGACGCUGGAGCGGUUACGGCCGGUCAACCCAAAUAAACCAGCCACCAAAACCACCUUCAUCAAGAUCAGACUGGAUGUACCUGAGGAUCUACGGCAGAUGUGCUCCAAGGAAUCAGCGCACAAGGACUUUAAAAAGGCUGUGGGAGCGUUUAAUGUCACCUACGACUCAGAGAAAAAGCAGCUGGUCAUUUUGUCUGUGAAUGAGGUCACAACAAAGCGGGCCAAUAUGAUGAGUGACAUGCACUUCAGGAGCCUCCGCACCAAACUGUCUCUCAUGCUGAGGAACGAAGAGGCCAACAGACAACUGGAGAGUUCCAGACAGUUGGCGUCACGGUUUCAUGAACAGUUUGCAGUCCGGGAUGAUCUAAUGGGUCUGGCCAUCGGGACUCAUGGGGCCAACAUACAGCAAGCACGUAAAGUCCCUGGAGUGACUAACAUAGACCUGGACGAGGAGACGUGCACCUUUCACAUAUACGGAGAGGACCAGGAUGCUGUCCGUAUGGCGAGGAGUUUCCUGGAGUUCUCUGAAGAUGUUAUCAAAGUUCCCCGGAACUUAGUAGGGAAGGUGAUAGGCAAAAACGGCAAACUGAUCCAGGAAGUGGUUGAUAAGUCUGGGGUGGUUCGGGUUCGUAUUGAGCCUGAGAAUGACAAAAAGCCCUCAGCAGCAGCAGCAGCGGCUGCAGAUGAGGGGAUGGUGCCAUUUGUAUUUGUUGGGACCAAGGAAAGCAUCUCCAAUGCUACAGUACUGCUGGACUAUCACCUCAACUACCUUAAGGAGGUGGAUCAGCUUCGUCUGGAGCGUCUUCAGAUCGACGAGCAGCUGAGACAGAUAGGAGGGGGAGGUGGAGGAGGAGGGACGGGACCCCGAAACCUUAAAGACAAAACCUACGUGUUCGAUAACGGCAUGGGGCUGGGGAUGGGGAGAGGAGCAGGAGGAGGCGGAGGAGGGAAACCCUAUGGAGGAGGGGGAGGAAGAGGUGGACGAGGGCGAAGAGGAGGAGGUGCAGCUUUCGCCUCAGGCACCAACUCGGAGGCAUCCAAUGCUUCAGAGACGGAGUCAGACCACAGAGACGAGCUCAGUGAUUGGUCGUUGGCCCCCACCGAGGAGCUUAUGACAGGAGGAGGGACCCUGCCCAGACGGACAGAUGGGCGGAAGAGAGCGGGCGGAGGAGGGCCGCGGGGACGAGGAGGGAGAGGAAGAGGAGGGUAUAAAGGUGACGACAUGCAGUGGAGUGAGCCAAGACCUCGUCAUGUCAGAGAACCCAAGACAAGAGCGCAGGAAGACACUCUACAGAUCCGUGUGGACGGUAACAACGAGCGCAGCGUGCAGCACUCCUCAGGGGGGCGAGGAGGAGGAGGGCCUUCCUCAUCCCAGGGUGGCCUCAGUGCCAGCGGGGAGGGCCCGUCUCGCCAUCACCAUCAGAGACCCAUCAGAGACCGAGGGAUGAAGAAGGACAAACAGGACGCUCCUCCGCUGGUGAACGGAGUGUCGUAGAUACACCACUGGAGGACCUUCUCACUUAGACACACUCACAGGCAACUUGUCAUAAACCAUCGUAGUGUCUCUCUCGCUUUUUUCUUUCUCUGUCUUUGUCAAACACAUGAAUACACAUAUUUGAUCAGCAAGGAAGAGUUUACCGUAGUGAAGUCGUAGACCAGAGGCGAUCUGGUAUCUGCUGGUCUGCUCUGUGGAGCUCUUUGAGUGGACUGGUCUGGUUUGUUCUCGACUGUUCAGGUACCUCCUGCUCUUCUCUGGAGUGACAGAUAAGAAAACUGCUUUUUGGACAGAAGGUAAAGAAGAGGAGGGAUUUAACUAAAGCUCAUCUCUCACAGAGGCAUCAAGCCCAAACAUGCUCCCCUACCCAUCCAAGGCAAACAAUUGUUUGCUUGGUGUGUUUUUGUUUUGUUUUGUUUGGGUUUUUUUUGUUUGUUUGUUUUUUUGCAUCAACUUAAUUGGAAGGUUUCUGUUUUUUCCCACGGCCCUGUUUGGACUUUAAUACACCAGAAAAAAAGAAAUCAAGGGAAUAAUUGGUUGACAAGGAAACACAAAGUCACAGCCACUUCAGACAGCAGGAUGAAAUAUGUGUUCCUGCUACACUUAAAACAUAUUUUUACUGCGGAUGUUUAUUGUAAAGAUCUGGUAGUGCACAGUUUAGGGGCUCAGUGUUUCCCACAGUAUGAGAAUUUAUUUUUGGUGUUCUAAAGUUUCAAAAUUGGACACUUAGGAAUCACCUGCAACACAACAUUGCAUUUAUAAUAUACUGUAACCAUACUGAGUAGAAUCAUUUAGCAUCUUUCUGGUGCAUCUCCGGAGAGACCUUUUGAACUUAAUUGGUCAUUUCAAAAUACCAAAUCUUUCUCACUUUGUAUAUGGGAAACACGAGAGCUGUCAGGAUGGGUAAAAAAAUGUUUGUAGAGGGCACUUUUUUGUUGUAUUUUCUUUUUGUUUCUUUGGGAUAGUCAUUUGAACCCUGAUAACCAUGCUGACACUUGAGCAAGUCAAAGAGGAGUUCAAAGUGUCCAUGUUUUAGAAUGAAAUGCUCACAGGUAUGCAUGUGAAAAAAAUUGCCAAUGAGUACUUAUCUCAUGGUUCAAGUCAUCUGUGUUGUUCUUUUAGUCUCGUGGAGCAUUAGACUAAGUAUGAAUUCAACAGCAUAUGAGACAUACCAAUGGGGAAACAUAAAUCUGAGGCACUCUGAUGCAAAUAAACUGUUAAAAAAGAUACUAACUCCCAGCAGUCUUCAACAGGGUACAAAAUGGCACGUACUGCUGUAACUUUUAAAAUUUACUGACCAGGAUUAUUCAUGAGUUGGCCAACAGCGACUGGGCGUCGACAUUAAAAGCAAGAUGGGUGCAUGAGCCUUACUGAAGCGUUCUGUCCAUUCAGUCCACCCAACUUUGUUCAACCAUCUCUGCGAACAGUGACCGGCUUUAAUUUAUAAAUCCAUUGCAAUGACACUAUACAAAAGAUGGACAACGUGUCUCCACUUCCAUCUACAAUACAAAAAUGAAGCCAAAACAGCACGGAUAUGGCCCCUGCCAUCUUGCGCUGGUGAUGGCAUUUGGAGCCAGAUUCUGUGCGGUAGAGAUCUCCGCAGUAUUGAGUUCCCGCUGUCCAACCCAGUCGUGAAUAGCACCAUUGAAUGUGAGCACACCAGUUUCCACAUUCAGCUAUUAAACAUGACAUCACAACCUUUUUUUUUAUAGUAUAGAAUAACUAAUUAAAACCAGACUUAUCAGAAAAACAACCUCUUGAACAAACAGCCAAAAAUGACAGAAACCAACUUUGGGAAAAGUUAAUUUGAUGUGCAUUUUGAUAUUUUAGUUUGGUCCAUGUCCCAUCUGCUUACAUGGAGGGGGUGGGGUAUAUGACUUGUACUGCAGCCAUCCACCAGGGGGCAAGGGGAUGUUUUAGGUUUACUUUGUGGAGCUGUCAUGAUGUCCAUCUUCAUCAUUUAGUCUAGGAUCCACUGAUUGUCCAUAUAGUGCACAGUAACACAAGAAAGCUCUCAGUGAGACUGGGAGCCAGUUAUUACAAAUACUGUUAAUAAGUUCAGAACAUAUAAAUGGCAGAAGAUUUGUGCUGCUCUAAGGGCGCUAGAGGGGGAAAAAAAAUAGGCGGAGGAGUCCUGGGGUCAUACGUCCUCUAUGUGGAUUGGCCUUGAUACUUAAGGACUUGCACAAAAAAACUAGACCCACACUACCUACUGUAAAUCUCAUCACUGAUAUUCCAAAUUCAGCACAUAAUAGCCAGGAACAGGUGAAACCUGUUUCUUCACAUUGGUAUCCAGUCAUUAUAAAAGAAACAGUGAGUGAAGCCUUUCCUGCAGUCAUGAAUAAAAGCUUCAUGGUACAGUUAAUCCAGCUGUCCUGAUACAUUCAUGACAACAUCUCUGCAGUUGUUCUCAGCAGAACUGGACUCCUUUUUUAAAUGAUCCUCCCAGUACUUGUUUAUCUCGUUGGUGAAGACCUGUAUCCUGUAUCAAACUGAUGAAAGCUUUUUCAACCUCAGCAGUGAGAUAUUUCAUAGAGAGGGCGUAGGCUGGGAGCUAAAAUUACUUUGGCCAGUUCCGCUUACAUUCAACAAAGCACUCUUGGAUGGAGGCCACUGAAAUUAGUCCAAUUAAUUUUAGCUUUCAGACAAACCUGAUCAGGUAGCAGGAUUUGAGGCGGCAGCUUUGUGACUGUUGAACUCCUGUCACCUGAUCACAUGAACUUUUCUUUAAUUUAUGAAACCUUUGUGUUUAUCCCUUUUUGUUAUGCAGUUAGUAAACCUGUUUGAAGUAUUAUUGUAGAGGAAACAUUCAUUGAGUUAUACCUUGAAAAAUAAAAAUUUGCUGUAAGUUUUAUUCUUCCUGGUUUUCCAACUUAUUCUGGGCCCAACCCUCUUACUUAAACUUUUUAUAUUAAUCUCAUUUAAUUUUGUUAUUUCCUCUUGGCUGUAUUUUGUUAAUGGUAGGGAGGAGGAAGGAGUCUGGCUUCUGACCUUAAAUAUAUUUUUUAUUACAACAAUUUGUAAUCUUUAUUAAACCACAAUAUCAGGCCCUGUUCCGCUGCCAUGCAGGGUGCAAUGCAUUUUUUACAUGCAUGAUUUGAACUGUGCAUUUCUCUGCUUUUUGCUGUUAAAUAGCAGGACUUUGCAUGUCACAUGACUAAAUUAAAGUAAUCGUGAAGUUAAAAGUUGAAGUUUUGAAUAUAAAAUCAGGUUAAAGAUGCAAGAUUUUGAUCCACAAGUCCAGUCUGCCACUCCUCGAGAUCAUAAUGAGGCUUUUAUUUUAUCUUAGUGCCUUGGGUAUAUGCUUCUCCAUGUCUGAAUUUGGUCCAUUCUGAAAAGCACCUGAUAGCUCUGAAAAGAUCAAAGCUUUUUAUACUAUAUGUCUAAACCCACUGUAACACCCCUUUCAUUUUUUUUUGAGGACAUAGGUGUUUCUUGCAUGGGUGAUUCCUUGACCUUUAUAUGCAUUUUUAGAAACUAUUUGGGGAGGCACAGUGGUGUAAGAUGAGCUCUACAGUUUCUGGCCAUUCAUUUUGUCCCAUAACACUUCCACUCGUCUAUCGUUGCUCCAAACUUGUCAGCCUCUGUGACACACCGAUGCAGACUUAAACAAAAAGAGACAGCCGUGUCAUCAAAUAACUGAAAGUGACUUUGUUUAAACAGCGCAGGUGUUCAGACAUCAAACAGACAUCAGGCAAAACAAUGUGUUAACUUCAAGCUCUUAUCUCAAGGUGUUCCAACCUGCUGUUGGAUCAUCAUCAUCAUCAUCAUCAUUACCACCACCAUCGAAAUAUAUAGGGAACACUUUAUGUGGGACGAAGGCCUUUGAUGAUCGUGUACAUUCUCAGCUGUCCUGAAUUGUACCCUCAAUUCAAACUGACUGCAGUAACCUAGAUGGGCUAGUGUAGAAAGUACUUGUGGAUUUAUGAUUGAACGCAGAUUGAUAAUAGCGUUAGUUUGAAUUAAAACAAAAAAAAACUGUUGAAAUGUGAGAAAGUCACUGUAAAACAAAAAAGCUAAGCAAAAAAAAAGUUUCUCGAAGUUUCUCUGUGCAUACGUCGGCCUAUCUUUUUAAGGACAAUGCGGCAUUAAAUCACAAUAUUGUAUCUCCUCACUGUAACAAGUCAAGUAACCAGCAGAAUAUUUGGACUAGUCAAUUAGCUGUGCUCUUCAGCUUCAGUGUUUCUACGUGCAAAUGUUGAGGAAUCAAAUAUUCACCAGGUUAAAUCUACUCAUUUAAUCAGUGUUAGCCUACAAGUUGUUUAGGAAUAACCUUGUCAAGUUAGCCUUUAAAUCUAGCUUCUCUCUUUGUGGUGCUCUUACAGGUUCGUUUUGACAUUUUUGGAAAUCGGCUGUUUUGCUCUCUGGUGAAAAGUUAGAAAAGAAGAUUGACACCACAUUCCUUACAGAUAGACACGAGAUUGGAAAGCAAAAUGGCAUGUUUCCCAAAAUGUUGAACUAUUCCUUUCUAAAAUAGCAUUCGUUCAGAGCAUCGUCAGUGAGCAUAACAUUACUUUACAGUAGGUUGGAUCAACUUUUAACCAGACACACAAAAAACCCACUGGACUUCAAAAUAUCCACUGUGCUCCAUUUUCAACAGAUGCUUAAAAUCUUGCGGUAAAAAAACGAGAUUUAUACAUAAAGUAGGCUGACCUAUCAGCUAGAAAGCUGCGAAUGCUCAGAGAAACCUCACCAUAUUUUGUGUGACAUGUGCCUUUAAUUGUGGCUAGUAUCACAACCUAGACAUGUAAAUCAGGGAUGAUGAGACGUUGAUAAUGGACCAGAUGUGUAAAGGUGGCUACUUCCUGCCGUGACAUCGUUGAGUCACUGCGGGUCAUCGCUGGCAAAGCCGAGCAUUUCUGAGCUUCCUUUAAACUCAAGAUGUGGGUGUUAUUUGCGCCGGUGGUUUAGGCACACCAGGAAACUGCCUGCUUUAACCACCUGAUCCUUUUUAAACGCUGGCGGUGUUGUAUCCUUGUACAGAUGACAAACAUAAGCCCGUAGCUUAUGACCUGGUUCAACUGAUCUGGGAAAUGGAUUCAGUUACUUUUGUACCCCAGUGCAGUUCAUGACCUUGAGUGGCUACUUUGGCGCAUUUGGUUCUGUUCCAAAGGCAAAGACUGCCAUUUCUCCCUUUUUGAAAAUGUUACCUCAAGAUGCAAAAUAAUGUGACCCAGUGUAACUUUACUCCUUCGCUCUCUUUCCUUCUCGGAAAGUAACUGUUAUGAAGUAACUGAAAAGAUUUCAGAGGUUGAGCCAGGUCUUAUCUUUUACCAGAGAUCAGUGUACCUUUCUAGUCUUGCGAUGCAUGUUCAUCUUUAUUAUGGACUUUGGAGACUUUCAGUAGGUUCGGACACAUGUUCCAAAAAGACACACUUAAGUUUAGUUUUUUUGUUUUGUUUUAAAUCAGUGUUACUUUGUCUCAGUUCUCCUUGACUAGAGUUCAGCUUGAGUAGCCAGUGAUGAGUUCUGACAACCAUCAACUUAGAGUCAGUGAAAAUGUCACAAGAAACGGUUAUGUAACACGAGUAAUGAAUCAUGAAACAGGCUCUUUUUCUUGUUUUGUUUUGGGGUUUUUUGUUUGUUUUUUUGAUUAGAAGUCCAUCUUUCUUUUUCAGAAGUAUUAUUGGUGUCUCCAUUUCUCUCUCACUAAUCUGUUAGGACCUUUGCUUUCACUUGCCGUUCACACUGCAGCCAUGCUGCAUUUUUAUCCCGAUAAGCAUUCUCUGCAGUGCAUCGACACAUGGCUCAAGUGAAAGUAACCUCUAUAUUGUCAGUUGAGCAUCAGCAGUAUGGAGUUGCUUUGUAUUGUUUAAAAAAAUAGAAAAAAAAGUGAUGGAAAAAAGAAGGGAGGGUGGCAAACUGUAUAUAAUGAUGUCAUUAUUUGUCUGAGAAAAGAUUUGUACUAUUGUUUCAAAUGUGCACUUAUCCUGAUAUUUUCUCUUUUUUUUGCUGUUUAAUAUCAGUCAAAUGCUAGAGCUCUUGAUAAUAAACUUAAUGAUGUGUGAAAAAAAAUAGUAUCCUCUAUAGCAGGGUUGAGUCACACACAGCUGUCACUAAUAAUGAAAUGUCCAUAGUGCUGCAGAACUUGAAAAAUAGCGUUACAUUACUGAAAGAGAUGGAGUUUGAUUUUUUUAUUUGACAGGGAAAAUCCACCCUAAAGCUGAAUUCAGGAAUGAAAACCCACACAGGAAUUUUGACUGAAGUUAAACUGACCUUGAGAUGUUUGGUUAUGUGAUAGGACCAUAUCAUAUGACCAAACGUCUUUUCUCAGGUCCAUGUAGGUACAAAGAGAACGGGAUACAGUGCUGGAAGCGUUCAUUCCAAUAAAUGUUGCUCAAAAAGUUUGAUUUUCUUUAUGUAAAGUAACCCGGAUCUUCCGCAUUGUUGGGCCCACGGAGCAAGCGCACUGGAGACUUUAGCCAGCCAAGCGGCUAACUUCCAGUUUAGCCCUUCACUAAGCUAAAUGGGGAUAAACUUAUCUAAUCUUGUGACUCCUAUAGACUUUCAAAAUGUUAUCGGGCUGAAGGGAUCAAAUAGAUUUACAGAUGUCACAUAGUAAGUCUAUGGGAGAAAGUCUCUUUGGGUCCAAUUGCGUCAUGUGACAGACCUGGAAGUUGUCAUUCCACAGUUUUGGCCGCUCAGGUCAGAUUGGCUCGGAAUCCCUGCACUGUUCCUGCAGGCUUGCUAACUUGAAGUUGAGGAGGACCAUGAGAUGGGACUUUGAGUUAAUAUGUUUUUUAAAAAUUUGGUCAGAGUGUCAUUUAAAGCUUAAACCCAGAAAUGAUAUUAAUCUCAUGUCUGUACGCUAACAGUUGGAGGCAAUUUGCUUAUCUUAGCAUAACAACUGAAAGCUCGGGGAAACACUAGCCUGGCUGUCUUUGAAUCUCUAGAAUACAGCCACCGACACUAAUGGAAACAUCAUUUAUCAUUUGUUCACUUCAAACACAAACAGAAACCAAAAAAGUUUUAGUAGUUUCAGUUCUCAUGAAACCACAACUUGUAUUUUUACAGUUCUGUUUGUGUACAGAUUCAACAAGUGAGACACAACUUGUUAAUUAGUGACCUUUGCAGAUGUAAGAAGGUACAUUCUUGAGCUAAGUAUAUCCUCAUUCCACAUUAUGCACACACACUUAAGUGGUACUGAUUUUGUGAUCUCACUCUGUAUUUUCCAAAGCAUAACAAUUCUUUCAACAUCAGAAAGAAAGCAACAUGUUUGUCUAACAUGUAUCGCACUGCAGCUUUGUGGAAAGUUAACCUCUUAAGUGAUGUAACCUUUGUGAAUAAUGUUUUAAGGUGGACUUUCCCUUAAACUUUGACGGGAUAGAAGAGUCUUGUACAUGUAGUCAUUUCCUGGACUUGUCAUCUCUCAUGUACAGAGACCCAGCUUGUUUUUUUCAGUCACCACAGUGCUGGGUAAUGACAGGUGUUUCAUUUAGAUCAUUUUAUUAUUCUUUUUGACUUACAGAUGUAAAAAUUUUCAUAAGGUUAAGCCAGCAAGGUGCUGGUGAUGAGACUUAUCUCCCAAAAGCCAGUUCCUCUUGAACUGACAAAAAGAACCACAUGCAAGUUUGAUGCAUUUGGAAGGUGUUACAGACCUUGGGGCUGCAAAGGUCUGACCUUCACAUCAGCUCUCUGUUGUGUCACACCAGAGACAAUGAAUUUCUUUGCAUCUGUGGCUGCUUCAACCUGCUUGUUGGUGUAUUUUACUGUGCCUCCAAACACCAGGUUUAGAGUGUAUGCUAGACUUUUUUAACUGCUGGAAGUGAAUCAUCAAAAGCAGUUUAAUGGCUUUUUCAUGCUUUGGUUUGAUUUUUAGCGGGAUUACUAACAAACUGUAAUGCUAGGCCAAGGCUUGUACUAUAGUGGAAAAUGUAAAUUUAAAAAAAGAUGAGGGAGGACUGUUGCAUGCUGACCAGUUGGGUCAUUGAAGAAUUGGUGCUAAUGAAGCAUUUCUACAAUGGGGAUUUUAAUUAAGAGUCUCCUAUAACUGACUGGCUAUUACAUCAUUAUCCAAUCCUGCUAUUUCCGGUGGCCUGCCAUGGAAACCACUAAUUUAAGAUGAGAUCGGUCGAGAUCAUGGCAGAAAAAUAACUGUAGCGUCUUGAUCUGGUAUCCAGCCUUUUUAAAACAUUGCAAAUAUGGUCAUACGGAAAGCUGCAGGGGAAAACAAACUAUUUGGGAUCCCAAACCAAAGUUUAGGACAAGGAGCAGCAUGCACACAUUUAAUUCCCAGGAUCAAGCUGUGUACAUUUUGAUUCUGCCUGGCAAUGUAAGAUGUCAUAUGGGAUACCCAAUGGCACUAUGAAGAACACUGCUGAGGACAUCCAUGUUUUGCAGAUGCACUGUUCUUAAGAUGCUACUUAGUUGCACUGUCUUAUGUUUGUUUAGGCGUGACACUGUCCUCAAUGCAAUCCUCUGUCUCCAGUACAUUAGAACAGUAAAGGUAGUUUGGUACUCCAUAAAGUAGAAUGGCUCUACCAAAACUGUAUAAUACUUAAAGAUGGAUUUUGAAAGAGUAAUGCUUCUUUAAAAUAGUGAAGCACUGUUAACUCACAUGAAACUUUUGAUAUUAUAAUUGACUGGUACUUUACUUUCUGUUCGAGGUAAUAUGAUUUGGCAGCUGUUUACAUAAUGAGAGGUUUCAUGUCAAUUGACAGUGUUACCGAUAGUUGUAGGAUCGUUCACCGUUUCUCUCAUGAAAUGUUUGUUUUUGAGGGUGUUUUCCAGCAAAAUGCGGGGUAGUGGCUUUCCUUGAUAUUCAACUGUCGUGAUGUUGUGCUGUUCUAAUGUUCUGGUGUAUAGAGUGUACAUUUUACCCAUGAUCCAGUGGGUUGCAGAAGGGGAAUGCUAGUGAUUUAAUCUGCAUUUUGCGUGAAAGACUUUCAUUCCUCAUCUGCCCCAAGGGAUGCUCUAAUUCAAACCAGGCAUUAGACUGAAUUAAUCUAAACUUCAACACUGUGUUGUGUUGCCUUGCUAAUGCGGUCAGGUGACCGAACUAUUGACACAACUUUGUCAACAGACCUUAAUUUUGAUUUGAUAUGCCAGAAGAUACUGUAUAUGUCAAACAUACAGUGAUAAUGCAGAAAGCACAAGAAUUUGAAUUGGGGAGUCCCAUUUCAGUUCGGAAAACUUUCAAUGUUUUCAACUGUAAAAGAGUCCCAUGUGACCAUUUUGCAUCCCUACUUAACUAAGCCUUGUGUCCAGCUGGGGUUGCAACAUGGUUCAUGUGGAACCACAUGAGAUGAGACAACCCAAAAAUGUCCUUGUCAUUGCUUGCCAUACUCCAUAUUAGCAGAAUGUAUAUAACAUUAACGAAUACUAACUAGACACGUUGUGGGCUGUUUAACAGCAUAGUGCCAGAAAGUGAAGACACGCAGAGAAUCUGUAGAUACUUAAACCAGGGUAGUCAAAAAAGCUGUAAACCUCGUGUGCACUUUUGGGCAUUUUUUUUGUUUCCUUUUGUACAUACUACUAGCAUUUAAGAUGUUUGGGUUGACAUGUCUGGUUAUAGUGCAAUAUAUUUUGUAUGCAAGCAGUUUCAAUAAAUAAAGGUCGAUCUUCCUCCGUUA